AUGAUGUCCAUCGCUCCUAAUGGUACUGCGAGACAGUGCAAAACAGUAUGUGAUAAGAUAGAGCAGUGGGCAGUACUGCAGCCAGAUCAUAUCGCCAUAUCAUUUGGAGAUAGGAAAGUCUCAUAUUCCGAGCUUGAUAAUUCAGCGUCUCACAUUGCCUGGCUGCUAUCUCAGCGUAACAUCGGAAAGGGUGAUCGAGUUCCUGUUUUGGCACAGCGAAGUCCUGAAAUGGUAGCAUGCUUCCUGGGAGUUCUAAAAUCGGGAGCCUUAUACGUCCCCAUCGACACGGAAUCCUGGAGCCGGGAUCGUAUUCAAUGGACUUUGAAGAAAGUAUCUGCUCGAGUAAUUCUGAACACCACCACGGAUCAUUUCCCCGAGUACGAAGAGAUCUCACAUGACAUGAUAGACUCUGCGUUCUCACCGACGGAAGAGCUGACUGCGAGGAGGAAAGCUGAUCAGAAAUUCCAUCGUCCCUGGGAACGCAUUCAACCUGAUGAUCUAGCGUAUAUCAUCUUCACGUCAGGUACCACCUCAACCCCAAAAGGUGUUAUGAUCCCACAUAGCUGUGUACUCAACUAUGUUGAGCAAGGAGGCCCAGAGACUCCCUUUAAUCUCAAUGCUACGCCUGAAGACCGAGUUAUGCUAAUUUUCUCACCUGGAUUUGACGCAUGCACUGGAGUCAUUGUUUCAACCCUCUGCAAUGGAGCAGAGUUGCAAAUAGCCACAACGUCGGACUUCCUCUAUACGGUAACGCUAUGCACAACGAUGGUUUGCACACCAUCAGUGUUGAACACUAUUCAAGAUCCAAAAACGUGUUCAAAGCUAAGGACCAUCGUGCUCGGCGGUGAAGCUCCACCUAUCUCUCUAGUUCGCAGAUGGGCCACAACCUUACCGACAUGCACACUCUAUAACUUUUACGGGCCCACGGAGACAACUUUCGCUUCUCUCGUUGCUAGACUUCACCCGGAUAAGCCCAUUGUCUUAGGACGGCCUAUGUCUAACAGUCGAGUAUUUUUACUCGAUGGGGAGAGAGAAGCGAAUUAUGGAGAGAUUUGUCUCGCGGGCCCGGGCUUGGGAAAGGGUUAUUUCCAGAACGAAUCAUUAACCAAUGAGAAAUUUGUACACUGGCGAGGCGAGAGGAUAUACCGCACUGGGGACUUUGCGAGGAAGACAGAGCACGGGCUUGAGUUUGCCGGCCGAAAAGACAGCUUCGUUAAAAAUCGCGGAUUUCUCGUAAACCUCGAAUCGCAGGUCAUCCCUAUAUUGUACGACGACCCAGUCAUCAUAGCUGCUACAGCCUUCAUGCACCGUGGACGCUUGGUCGCAUUUGUUACUCCGGAUGGAAUUGACACCGCGUCUCUCCGAGAGAGACUGGCAUCUCAACACGAUUCCUUCGUGGUACCUGACAUGAUUCGAGCACUCGAAUUCCUACCACUCACUGCAAAUGGUAAGGCCAAUAAUAGGGCCUUGGAGCAGCUGCUAGACUCUGAAACAUCAGAAACAAAUCAUACAGACACCACUGAGUUUAUCCAAAAGGAUGCGUCGGUGAUAGAUAUUCUCAAGGGCGCAAUAUCUCACAGCCUGCAUCUACCGAUAUCAAACAUCGACGAGAGUCAUUCGUUCCGGGAGAUGGGAGGUAAUUCGCUAGCAGGACUGAAAGUUCUUUCAUUCCUUCAAACUAAAGGACUCAAGCUACGGCUCAUACACCUCUUUGACUUACCAAGUCUCUCCUCGGUUUGCGAAGUUAUUGAGCACUCUACAGAUAGCCAAAUUGCGCCAGCAAACCUUGAUCCCAAUACUAUAGCCCAUCUAACUACUGGUCCAAUGACAUCUAUUCAGACUAAGAUGGUUCAAGCUGGUCUCAAAAACCCAACGGUGAACUACAUACUCUUGCGGAUUACUUUUCCUCACCCAGGAACCACACUUAACGCCCAAAAGUUGAAAGACUCCUGGUACCGAGUUAUGCAGAGACACUCUAUCUUUAGAACUACUUUUGUUCUAAAGGAAGGGUUACAAAUUGUCAACCCUAGCUUAAAUAUUACAUGGGACAGUGAGGAGACAAGUGAAGAACAGCGAGAACGCCUUAUCGAGUUUCGCUCUCGAGAGCUGCGCGAAAGAAUCUCGUGGCUUCGGCAAAACGAAACAUUUACUCCAGUGCAGGCAUGCAACUUCAUCACUGUACCUGCCAAAUCAUCAACACUACUUGUUCUUGUUCACCAUAUACAAGCAGAUGGCUGGUCAUUCAGUAUAAUUCUGGAUGAGCUCCGUUCUGCGCUGGACGACAACGACUUGGAAGAUCCUCCGCGGUAUAUGCACGUCGCUAUCGCUCAAAAGAGGUUAGAAGACGACGUCCAAGGAAAGGCUUUCUGGUCUCAAAUGCUUGAAAACCUACCUGAUCAACCGAAUAUUACUCUCUUACCCCCAUCCAUCAAUAACAAGGACACCUAUUGGAGUUCAAGCAUAAAGCUUGAAUUGGACAUGAAACCUGAGGAACUAGAGACCGCGGCGAGACUGAGAAAUGUCACGGCAGCUACGCUUGUUUACUGCGCUUGGGGUCUGGUCUUGUCUAAUUACCUAUCCAUGGACAAUGUAUCUUUUGGGGUCGUGUUCUCUGGUAGGAAUAUUGUCAUACCGGGCGUGGAUAAAGUAGUUGGUCCGCUACUGAAUACAUGUCCUUUUGUAUUAGACUUGGGCCACGAUGAGACCAUUGACGGACUGUUGUCGCAGGCUCAGAACCGUUUGCUCCACAUGAUGGAGUAUCAAUGGUCCGCAGAUGAGGCUCUGACCAAGAUUCCCGCUAGUCGUAUUGCGAACAUAUUUCAGACUGUUGUUGUGGUAGAGUACGAUUUGCCGACUGUGGACCAACCAUGCAGCACACUACCGAUCCCAUGGGUGAUUGAAAGAGAGGACAAGAUGGAAUUUGAUAUCUCUUUGCUUCUCGAAAGAGAAAAAGAUGACCUCCGAGCUCGCAUUUUAUUUGAUGGCUCGCAGUUCGCUGAAUCGAGCAUCAGAGGCAUAUUGAGCCACUUCCGCAACGCAUUGCAAAAGCUUCUUCAAUCUCAUAAUAGCUCCGUUCAAAGUGUUCGCGAAGGAAUUAUUACUGGAAAAGAAAGAAAUUACCUCUUGACCGCAGCUAAUCAGACCGUGGAAUACACAGGCUAUCCUACACUCAAAGAUGCUUUUGAAGCUGCAGCAACUCAAUGGCCGGAUCUGAUGGCCGUUGAAUCAACAAGUGGUUCAAUAACCUAUCAACAACUUAAUAUCGCAGCUGACAGCCUAGCAAACCAUAUAAGAUCUCUCAUCGACCCGAAAACUGUCGUGGGUAUUCUUACUGACGGUUCACUCUACUGGAUUGUGUCAAUCUUGGCGGUCCUCAAGGCAGGCUGCAUUUGCUGUCCAAUAGACAUUAACCUACCAAAGACGCGCAUUGAUACUAUCAUUUCUCAGAGCGGUGCUCGCCUCUUUGUAGCUUCAAACCGACGUUGCACUACAGUCGUUCCCAACGGUCAUGAUAAUGUUGUCAUAUGCGAGGAGUUCUUGGGGGUUUCCGAGAGAUCAAAUUCGCAACUUCCCACGGUCUCACGAGCUAGGGAUGUCGUCUAUCUUGUAUUCACAUCCGGCAGCACAGGAACUCCCAAAGGAGUCGCGCUUCACAACCAGAGCAUUCUCAUGGCCAUUGACUCUGAACCCGUUCGGCUGUUCACUACGCCAGGGCGCCGAAAUGCUCAAGUUUACUCUUUGGGGUUUGACGUGGUCACGGUCGAAAUAUUUGGGACGCUAUGCUACGGAGGAACAUUGGUUCUAAAAGACCCUAAUGAUCCUCUCGGUCAUCUCAAAAGUGUCCAUGCCGCCUACUCUACGCCUUCACUGUUAGCCUCCUUUUCACCCGAUGAUUUUUUUGGCCUCGAUACUAUCAAUUUGGCUGGAGAGCCGGUGCCGCAAAGCAUCGCGGACACCUGGUCUUAUAAACGUCUAUCCAACGGCUAUGGUCCGAGUGAAUGUGGCCCGAUAUCGACAUUUGCUAGGCUUCUCCCAGGAAAGAAAGUCACAAUUGGCAAGGCGGUACCACACCUCAACGUCUACCUGCUCGACCAUCGACAAUGCUUGGUAGCAUUAGGUGUUAUUGGGGAGAUAUAUCUCUCGGGUCCCCAAGUAACAGAUGGAUACUGGAAUUUACCGGACCAAACCAAAAAGUGUUUUUUGCCCAAUCCAUUUUCACCAGGCCAAUUAAUGUACAAGACUGGUGAUCUGGGCCUGUGGACUGAAGACAUGUCACUGGCCUAUAUGGGACGUAUCGACAACCAGGUCAAAGUUCGUGGGUUCCGUAUCGAGCUGGAAGAAAUCGACCGCGCCCUUGUGCUCGCAAAUCCCUCCAUUCAACGAGCCGCUGCGAUUGUGGCUGACCACAUCCGGAUUGUUGCUUUUGUUACACCUAGCAAUAUUGAUACCUUGGCCGUCAUCGCAAGACUCAGAGACUUGCUACCAGCUUAUACCCGCCCCAGCCAGAUCAUAGCCCUGGACACACUGCCGCAGUCCGCCAAUCUCAAGAUCGACCGAAAGGCUCUUCAAGCCCUCGCUUCAGAAUUCAAAGAUCAGGGCGAUCCUCCUUCCACUUCAACGGAGUGCCUGGUGGCUGAAGUAUGGCAUUCCGUCUUGGGCAGGCAGGAAGGCCGUCGGAUAAACAAACAUGAUGAUUUCCUCGGUAUUGGAGGAAACUCUCUAUUGGCAAUUAAAGCUGCCCGUUUGAUAUCAGAAUCCAUCGGUUACCGUAUCCCAGUGCCACUGAUACUUCGAGAAACUGUUCUUUCCAGUCUCGCAAAGGCGAUUGACAAUUAUUCACAUGUUGAAGAAUCGGAAAACAAUAAUGCUCAAUCAUUCAAGUCCUACAUCGCCAACCUCAAAACUCCAGUUGAUCUUGCGUCUUUGCAUCCUCUUUCGGAGCUAGAGGAAGAGCUAUACGUUUGGCACAUGAUAUCAGAGAACAAAUCCCUGCUGAAUACUGCAUUCCGCUUUGAACUUGACGGAGUUAUCGAUAUCGAAAUUCUCAGACACUCCUUAGUUUCGGUAAUUCGUCAAAAUCCAAUCUUGCGGGCUCGUUAUCUCUCACAAGGUGAUGGAGUUGUUCGCCGCAUUUCUGGGGCCAUCUCCGCGCCUCUCAUGUUCGUUGGCAAUGCACUCGACAUACAUAAACUUCAGUCACUUGUGAAUCAGCCUUUCGACUUGUCUCAAGAUCAAUUGAUUCGGGUUAUUAUCUGGGAGCGUACUGGAGUCUCGACCUCAUUGAUUCUCGUUGUUCACCAUAUAGUGAUUGAUAAACAUUCCCUGAGCGUUCUCCUCAAGUCAAUAAGCGAUCAAUACGGGGCGAAGCUUGGACUUAUUCGCGAAAAGCAAACUGAGAGACAUCUCCCUAAGAUCACUUACCUUGACUGGGUACAAUGGCGGCAGCAGAGACCUUGUACUGUAUCCCUAAAUCAGAAGAAGCUGGAUUUCUGGAAGGAAAAAAUGGAUAAACUCACGACGAUAUCAACACUUAGACAAGGUUGUAUAUUAGGUCUCGAGUUGGGCUCAUAUGAAUCGCUCUUGAUACCGUAUACAGGAGUCACGCACGUGUCCCAGCGCAUAGUACUUGCUGCGACCGCACUGACGCUCCAAGCAGUCUACGGUCACAGUGAUGUUACAUUGGGUAUCCCGUAUGCGAACAGAGAUGAGCCUGGUGCUUCUGACCUCAUUGGUCUUUUCUUGGACAGACUACCCAUCAGGUUGUCACUCAAAAGCGCCAAUAUUUCCACUAGUGACAAGCUAUUGCAGCAUGUUAUUGAUGAGAUAAAUAUGGCAGUCGAGCACCAACUACCUUAUUCUCAAAUACUUGCAGCGGCUGGCAAAAAUGGAAAACCUCUUUUCGAUGUUAUGGUCAUUUAUCAUUGGCGUUCUGAUGCGCUGGACAUGUCCUUGAAUCUACCAGGAGUCAAGGUCUCAAGCACCCCAAUCCGAGCUAGAGGCGCCAAAUUUCCGCUUCAGCUAGAGUUCACUGAGACAGAUGAAGGAUUGCAUUGUGGGCUUGAAUAUAAUAGCCGGGUUACUUCCCCAUCGCAAAUCCUCACAAUAAUGUCAUUCCUAUCUACUGCUAUUCAUGGUCUAGCAUGCCAACGCACAAUAGCAGACAUUCUCUCCGAAUUUGAAAUCCACAAAUAUGAUACCAGACAAACCAUCAGCCUGGCAUACAAGAACAAGAUAGACAAAGUCCGGGAAGCGUUCUCUGCGACUCUCACUAUGCCAAUUGAUGAUAUCAAACCUGACACAUCAUUCUUUGAUGUCGGUGGGACCUCCAUGACUGCAUUCCGAUUACACCACCGUUUAGAAGAGCUCGGUUUGCAUGGAUAUCUUCGGGAUAUAUUGCACGGGCCGACACCCGAGAAAAUUGCCUGGAUGUUCUAUGACAAUCUGGGGAGCAUCUAG